AGCAAAGACGGCUUUGGUGGCUGAACUUACAACAACAACAGUUUUUCUAGUUUCACACGUGCUAUAUUCGCAUCCAGACCACUCAGAUGCGAUAUUAUGCAAUUUCACAGAUGAUUAAAAAUGGCAUUCAGCAUUUGCACGUCCGCAAGGGGCGGCUUGUUUGCGUCUAGUCCCCUAAGCCAUCGAUCUCAGGUCAAUCUCAAAACGGGACCGAGGAAGCAGAGAUGCGCACAGAAUGACGCCAAAAUGCCGCAGGGUCUAAGUGCUGUCGAGGGUGUGUUGUGAUAGCUUGUAUUCUGAUUGACAGAAACCUUACAAAGGCAUAAUUGAGUAUUGUUUAUCCCUGAGACAUUACGCUACGUUAGCAUUGGACACGCGCAAAUGUUUAGCAUUUCAUUGUCCCAAGACGAAUGCAUUGACAUUGUCUCGCUGUGAGAGGCUGCAAAUCAUAAGGAUUAUAUCGAGUCGACCCGCCCAACUUUGUCAACUGAUUAAAGACCUUCAGCGGUAUCGUGUGACAAUUUACGUCUUAGCCACAUUUGGGAACCUUCCAUCGCGACGCCAACAUGGCCCCGCUGCUAAAGGCCUUGUGUUUUCUGACUCUCUUCCAUCUUUGUGAAAGUUAUUCGAGCUACAGAGCGGUGAAAUGCUUCGAAAUAUCAAGAGAGAAAGAUUUAAUGUGCGCCAACCUUACUCGAGGAUACAACAAGAUAAUGCUGCCGAACGCACUUGGUCAUGAUAAUCUUGCUGAAGUUCGCACACAACUUGUCCCAUGGGCUCCGCUCGUAGGCUCUGGCUGCAGUCCACAUUUAAAAGUGUUUCUUUGCUCUGUGUUCAUGCCAGUCUGCGUGCAACAAAUUUCGUACCCAGUGCCACCUUGCCACUCUCUGUGUACGUCUGUGAGAGACUCUUGUGAACCCGUGAUGAAGAUCCACAACUAUUCGUGGCCGGCGAUGUUCGACUGCAGUAAAUACCUCAAGGACGACAUGAUGUGUGUUCCACUCCCCGAGACCCCAAACCCGACAAGUAAGACCUCAAGCCCGCCAACCCCUAGCACGCCUUCAGUUUGCGGCGGUGAUGACGACAAGGUCAACGAAGACGAGGCUCGCAUCAAGUACUGCAACGGGAACUUCGCUAUCAAGGCUCGGCUCCAGGAACACCCCAAGCGCGCGCCCAAGGGCAAUAAUCUGACGGUUCUGAAGGUGAAGGUACUCAAGGUACUCAAGGGUGACGUCACGAAGUCUCGGAAGCCUCUCCGUCUACGACUGCCCUUCGAUGCCAAUAGCUGUGACAUCAUUUCCAAAGCUAACGGCAAGAUCAUGAAGAAGCCCCUGCUUAUCAUCGGCAGCAAGAAAGGCAAGAGGCUCAACAUCAGCUUUUUACUUAAGUGGCCGAAAAAGAAAGCGACCCGGAGAAUCAAGCUCACUUGCCGGUGAAUUUAACGAUUCUAUCACGAGAGUGACUUAAGAACUUUACAGAUUCCGAUAAGAGACGUUUCCGUUGCGCCGAAAAUUAAGACAAUGUACUAAAUCGUUAUAUCAUAACGGUUUAUUACAUUUUACCUGUGUCACGCAUCGUGUUAUAGCCGUCGCUAUUUUCAUAGUAAUGAAAUGGGUGUUGUAUAGAUGGCCCUCCCCAUGUAGUUAUGUCGUCAAAGGUGCCUCCGACCUAUUAAUUAACGAUUGAAUGUUUUAAAAUAAGCUUCACGUCGCAAAGUACCCUUCACGACUCGACUGAGGGGCUUUUUUUAACUAAAGGUUUUGUAUUAGCGAGGAGGAAAGCCUCUUUACUAAUACAAUAAGUAUAUUUUCGAUCAUGUUUGUAAAGGAGAUAUCUCCUUUUCAAAGCAGAGCCACCGUAGAGGUUUCUCGAGGGUAUAUAGGAGGUUAAUAAGUAUUACCAAACACAAGACACGUUUUAAAUUGUUUAUACUUUUGUAGGCCAAGGAUUAGGUUUUAAUUCUCCCGUCUACACGGGGCUUCCAAGAAAAAAGACUUUUUUAGGACAGUACUCAUAGUAUCAAGUUGGCAGAGAUUUCUUCAAAGUCUGUGCAAAAUGUAAAUAUAGGGCGACUGCGAAUUUUCUCAUUCGCUGUUAAUGUACCAUGAGAUCACUUCUUUUUCAAAGGAGGAGAGCGUUUUGACACCGCCAUUUACCCUUUAGGAACUAGGCGCAGACUUUUCCAUAUAUAAUAUUAUACUUAAAUAAAUAUUCGCUCAAAACUAUAGACUCUGCCACCAAUGUAAACAGCUGACAUUGUGGAGUAGAUAGCGCACCAAAGGAAUCAUCUUGGAGUAAAUAUCUGACAUUGUUGGGUAGAUAGCGCACCAAAGGAAUCAUCUUGGAGUAAAUCUCUUUAUAGCAUUCUUUAUAGCGCCCCUGGCAAGGCCGAUGUACAUUGCACUUAGUAAGACAACAAUGUAAAGAAUGUAAAAUGCCCGAAUAGCUAAAGAAAAAUCCCGAAAUAUCUAUGUGUGGCAUAAAUGUGUGGACUCAA